GGUUCGCCUCAAGCCACAAAACGAGCAGAGGUUCUUGCUUCAACAGUGAUUGAACGGAACUUCUUUCGGUCCUUUUGCUUUCCUCAGCGACUCUGUGAGAACUUUACACUUCCAAACAACUCUACGUAAAGCUCUAUUUUUGUACCUUUUUGUAAAAAAAAGAUAAACAAGCCAGCCAAAAUGGAGUCUCAAGUACGCCAGAACUACCACCGCGAAUGCGAGGCCGCCAUUAACAGAAUGGUCAACAUGGAGCUGUUCGCUUCCUACACCUACACUUCCAUGGCAUUUUAUUUCUCCCGAGACGACGUGGCCCUUCCAGGCUUUGCUCAUUUCUUUAAAGAGAACAGUGAGGAGGAGAGGGAGCAUGCUGAGAAGCUGCUGUCCUUCCAGAACAACAGAGGUGGACGCAUCUUCCUCCAGGACAUCAAGAAACCAGAGCGUGAUGAGUGGGGGAGUGGACUUGAGGCCAUGCAGGGUGCUCUGCAGUUGGAGAAAAACGUCAACCAGGCUCUACUGGAACUGCACAAACUGGCCUCUGAUCACGUGGACCCUCAUCUGUGUGACUUCCUUGAAAGCCACUACCUGAACGAGCAAGUGGAAGCUAUCAAGAAGUUGGGCGACUACAUCAGCAACCUGUCCCGCAUGGACGCCGGCAACAACAAGAUGGCAGAGUACCUGUUUGACAAGCACUCUCUGGGGGGAAAGAGCUAAAUGCUGUUUGAGUGCCUUCUCAGUUUAAACGGGCCUCCAAUGUACGCACGCAUUCUCUUCAGCUGUUUAACAUAAUUUCAUAUCUGAUCUGGUUUCUCACAUGUUGCAAGGAAUAUUGAGAAUUGAAGUUGACUUGAAAAGUUAAGAUUUGAUCAUGUCUUUAACAAGCUACUCUAAAUAAACCUUUUGAGCUGGA